ACCGCACCUCAGCCAUCAUUACCAACUCAAUGGGUGGAAAGCGCACAACCAGCCUGUGGGAGGUUUUGUCCCUCAUUUCCACAUCUGCAGAGAAGAGUCGUUGGCUCGAGCUGCAGCUUUUCAGUCUGUGCCAAACACCGGUUGCGAGAAGGAGAAGGACACACUUUGAUGACUCAUGGAUUUCCUGCAAGGACGAAUAUUUACGCACCGUUGAAGUUUCUCUAACUGGAUAUUUUCAUGCAUUAAUGGUGCUCUUUUGGGUCAUUUGAAGACGAUGAAAUAUGUUUUUGAGUGAGACGUGAAUUGUUUUUACAUUUUAAGCUAAAAAGAAACCAAUGAAGAAGAAAAUGGACAUCUUCAUUUUUUCUUUUUAUUUAAUAUUUAUUAAAGAGGCUCAUUCACUCAGUUACACCAUUGUAAGCAAUCUCCAACCUCAUAUGCCUAACGUGUGCAUGGAGAGGGAGGUGACGCUGGUUGCCCAGAGGCAGCCGUGUGUGCAGGCCUUCACACGAAUGGUUAAAGUGUGGAAGCAAGGCUGUGCGGGGCAGCUGUGGUGCAUGGGAUACGAGCGGAGGACGGCGUAUUACACAGCCUAUAGGCAGGUUUACAAACAGGAUUACCAAACGGUACACAAAUGCUGUCCUGGAUGGUCUCAGCUUAACGGGGAGGCAGGCUGUCUCUAUCCGAUGUGUAGCUAUGGAGUCUGCUUCAAUGGGGGCCAGUGUCGGGAAGGAUCUAACCAACUCUGCGAAUGUCCUGCAGGAUUCAAUGGGCCAAGCUGUCAAUAUGAUGUGAAUGAAUGUGAGGAAACCAACGGAGGCUGCGAGGCUCUUUGCUGUAACACUAUAGGAAGCUUUUACUGCAGAUGUCCCUCUGGACAGAAGCUGAAUGAAGAUGGCAAAACAUGUGAAGAUAUAGAUGAAUGCCAGGUCCAUAAUGGAGGCUGCCAACACAGAUGUAUUAACACCAGAGGCUCGUACUAUUGUGAAUGCCACCCUGGCUCCAGGCUUCAUGUGGACGGUCGCACCUGCCUCACCGUGUACUCUUGCGCUGUCCGCAACGGAGGAUGCGAACACUACUGUCUGCAGCAGUCGGCUUCACAUUUUCGCUGCCGCUGCAAGCCAAAUUACGUGGUGGCAGAGGAUGGCAAGCACUGUAAAUUGCAGAAUCCUUGUGCAGAUCAGAAUGGAGGCUGCAUGCAUGAGUGUCGAGUUGAUGGAGGAAAGCCUUUCUGUGAUUGCAAACUUGGCUAUCUGCUGGCUGAGGAUGGGAAAACUUGUGAAGAUAUUGACGAGUGUAAAACAGAGGAAACCAACUGUGCUCAUGGCUGCCGCAACACUCUGGGCUCCUACGCUUGUGUUUGCAACACUGCCUAUGAGCUGGGAUCUGAUGGGAAACAGUGUUACAGAAUUGAGAUGGAGAUUGUGAACAGCUGUGAGAGCAACAACGGUGGAUGUUCUCAUCACUGCCAGCAUUCGACCAGCGGGCCGGUGUGCACCUGUAACCAUGGUUACCGGCUCAAUGAUGACCUGAAAACCUGUGUUGACGUUGAUGAGUGUGGAGAACAGACUUCCUGUUGUGAGCAGGACUGCACCAACUACCCCGGGGGUUAUGAAUGCUACUGCUCAGCAGGAUAUAGACUCAAUGCAGAUGGAUGUAGCUGUGACGAUGUAGACGAGUGUCUGGCUGCUAAUGGUGGCUGUGAUUACACAUGCCAGAAUACCGCUGGCUCCUUCCAGUGCUUCUGUCGCCGGGGUUUCCAACUGGACGAGGACAGGCGCUCCUGCCUGCCUCUCGAAGGUGCAGUUGAGUCCCUCUCCAGCGGAGGCGCCAUCGAGCUGUCCCUCAUUCAUCCCCAGCUCACCUUGCUCCGCGACUACGACCAACCCCUGGAGCGUUACGACGACUACGAAGAUGACGAUGGGGAGCUGAGGGCUGAGAGCAGCCUGGCAGAGAAAUUUGUGUGCCUGGACGACACCUUCGGCAGCGACUGCAGCCUGACCUGUGAUGACUGCACUAAUGGGGGAAUAUGCAAUAUUUGGAAAAGCGGCUGCGACUGUCCAGAUGGAUGGACGGGAAUCAUCUGCAAUCAGACCUGUCCUGCGGGGCAUUUUGGAAAAAACUGCUCGUUUUCCUGUAAGUGUAAAAACGGAGCCAGCUGCGAUUCGGUCAGCGGGAGCUGCCGCUGCCCUCCUGGUGUGACUGGAGAUUUGUGUCAGGAUGGUUGUCCUAAAGGUUUCUAUGGGAAGCAGUGCAACAAGAAGUGCAACUGUGCUAACAACGGCCGCUGCCACCGAACCUACGGAGCCUGUCUGUGUGAAGCCGGACUGUAUGGACGCUUCUGUCACCUUCCAUGUCCUAAGUGGACCUUCGGAGCUGGCUGCUCUCAGGAGUGUCAGUGUGACCAGAAAAAGACAAAGGACUGUCAUCACCACCACGGCACCUGUAUCUGCAAACCUGGUUACCACGGCAGCACCUGCAACGAAAGCUGUAAAAGUGGUACUUUUGGACUCGGCUGUGAGCAGGGGUGCGCCUGUCCGCCUGGAGAGUCCUGUGAUCAUGUGACUGGAGCGUGCCAACAAAAAUGCUCCGCUGGGCGUCAUGGGGAGAAAUGUGAGCAAGAGUGUCCAGAGGGGAUGUUUGGACCUGGCUGCAUCCAGCCGUGUAACUGCACCGGUGCGCCAUGUGACAAAGAGACAGGACAAUGCCACUGUCAAGCUGGGACGCAUGGAGAGCACUGUGAGAACUUGUGUCCAGAGGGUUUCUGGGGUCCCGGCUGCAGGGAAACCUGCCCUGCUUGUGAGAACGGGGGCGCCUGUGAUAAACACAACGGGUCCUGCAGCUGCCCGCCUGGAUACAUGGGAACACUCUGCCAAACCUCUUGCCCAAGUGGACGUUUUGGUCUGAGAUGCCAGAUGAAAUGUGUGUGUGAGAACAAUGCUCGCUGUGACCCAGGGAAUGGACAGUGUACCUGUGCUCCUGGAUGGACUGGACAUGACUGCAGAAAAGUUUGUGAUGCAGGGCACUGGGGUGCUGACUGCGCAGAAACAUGCGACUGCAGAAAUGGAGACGGAAGCUGUGAUGGUGUGACGGGCCUGUGUAACUGUGAAGCAGGAUUUACUGGACCAAGCUGCCAGCAGAAGUGCCCUGCAGGUCUGUUCGGUCUGAGUUGUCAUCAUCUCUGUCAGUGUGAAAAUGAAGCGCUGUGUGACCAUGUGAGUGGAGCUUGCACGUGUCAGGUGGGAUGGACGGGUUCCUUCUGUGAAAAGCCGUGUCCUCAGGGUUUCUACGGUCUGGACUGCCAGGAGAAGUGUUUCUGUCAGAAUGGUGGGAGUUGCGAUCACAUCAGUGGCGUUUGUUCCUGUCUUGCAGGCUGGAUCGGCCCAUUCUGCAAUCUGACGUGCCUGGCUGGUUUCUAUGGGCCGGGAUGUAACCUAACCUGUGGCUGUCGCAACAGUGGCAUCUGCCACCCAGCCGGUGGCCAGUGCUCAUGUAUGCCGGGCUGGACCGGACCCAACUGCACAGAAGAAUGCCCGGCUGGGUUUUAUGGGGCAGACUGUCAGCAGGUCUGCUUGUGCCAGAAUGAAGCCACCUGCAACAAAACUGAUGGAAAAUGUUCAUGUCCAGCUGGAUGGACGGGUACGGCCUGCGAACUGGAGUGCACGGUGGGCCGUUUUGGGGCAGACUGCCAGCAGCGGUGUGAAUGUGAGAACGGCGGCGUGUGCGACAGCCAGGCAGGCCGGUGCAGCUGCAGAGCCGGUUGGGUUGGAGAGCGCUGUGAGAAAGCGUGUGAAACAGGCCUGUACGGGGCUGGCUGCACUGAGCGCUGCCGCUGUGUCCACGGGGUUUCCUGUCAUCACGUGACCGGGGAGUGCCAGUGUUCUCCAGGCUGGAGGGGAAAGCUUUGUGACAAAGCAUGUUUGCCCGGUACAUUCGGUGAAGGCUGCAUGCAGCGCUGCAGCUGUGCACAGGAAACUUCCUGCCACCACGUCUCUGGAGAGUGCGGCUGUCCUCCUGGAUUUACUGGCAACGGCUGUGAAGAGAUUCAGGGAAAGCAGAAACUAUUGGCUCACACAAGACAAGUGAACCUCUCUCUGUCAGCUUGUAUUCCAGGAUUGUUUGGGCCAAACUGUAACCAGGUCUGUCAGUGCGCCGAGACAAACCAGCUCUGCCAUCCGGUGUCUGGAUCCUGUUACUGCGCCCCAGGUUUCCACGGCUCCAAAUGUGACCAAAGCUGUGAAGAGGGUCGCUAUGGUCCCGACUGUCAGAAAGAGUGUCGGUGUGAAAACAGAGGAAGGUGUGUUCCUUCAACUGGAAGCUGUGAAUGUCCAGCUGGGUUCAUUGGCCAGAGCUGCAACAUCACGUGUCCAGUCGGGCGCUAUGGCGUCGACUGCAACCGUGUGGCUGUGUGUGGAGACAGAGCCCAGAGUGACCCCGUCACCGGUCGAUGUGUGUGCAUCCCCGGGCGCAGAGGAGAGGACUGUGGACAAAACUGCCCUCCCGGCUGGUUUGGGGGAUAUUGCACUCAACGCUGUAACUGCAGUAACGGAGGGUUGUGCGACUCUGCGACGGGCAACUGCACCUGCGGUCUGGGCUGGACUGGGGAACACUGCAACAUCGAGUGUCCCGUGGGCCGAUUCGGUGCAAACUGUCAGCUGAAAUGUAGCUGUCAAAAUAAUGGCUCUUGUGACAAAGUGACGGGAACGUGUCGGUGCGGAUCGGGCUACUAUGGACAUCUGUGUGAACACGUCUGCCCUCCUGGUUUCCACGGUCCGCUGUGUCAGCUGCAGUGUGACUGCAUGAACGGCGCCACCUGUCACCCCGUGUCGGGCCACUGCAUCUGUCCUCCAGGACAUCAUGGAGCCCGCUGCCACAGAGUGUGUGAGCUGGGGAAGUACGGUCAAGGCUGUGUCGGGGUGUGUGACUGCGAAGACGGUUCCCCCUGCGAUCCUGUGACUGGAAGAUGCAUCUGUCCCUCCGGGAAGACAGGCGCCAGAUGUGAUAUUGACUGCAGAGGCAAUCAUUAUGGGCCAGACUGCGCAGAGACCUGCGAGUGUAAGAACGGGGCGCAGUGCGACCGAUUCAACGGCCGCUGUCUGUGUGCUCACAGCUGGAUCGGACUCUCCUGUCAGGAAGGUGGACCCCCACUCUACAGCUAUAGAAGCAGCAGAGCGGACUCGCAGCACAACUCAUUAUAACAGCUCCACGGAGCUGGAAAACUGAAACUGGGACAGACGGACGAUGAAAUGAAAAAAUCUGACAAGACGUAGCAGCAGCAGCAGCCAUAGAGACUCUCUGAAGAGAAGUGCAGCUGAAAACAAGGUUGUAUCCUGGGUCUGUGGAAUAACGGUGACAAUAUUUCCACAAGCAGAGUGCAGCGUCAGGACAUUGUUGCCUUCAGUGGGCUUCCAGUGAUGUCUUUUAACACAAGUUGUCACAGGUACUGUAUAUCAACCUUCCCAGAAGUCAGUGUUGUUGCCCUUGUCAAUGAACGUGUUGUUAGUAAAACAGCCGUAUUUAUACACCCCAGACUUUUUCCACAUUCUGUCACUUUAGAACCACAAGCCUGAGAUUUAUGCAAUAGAUCAAUACAAUACAGUGUUCAUUUGGAUUCAGCCUGAAUUAACACUCUAACUGUGUUACAGUAUUAAAGUUCAGCAGUAAUUGAAACACGUUUUGCUGCAGUUGCAGCUGCAAGUCAGCUUUGCACAUAGAGACACAGACCCUGAUGGAUUGGAGGGAGAACAUCUAUGAAGAUCAGUUUACAAGUACUGACAGUUUCUAAGAUGAUUUUAGAUCUGGAGUUUGACUAGGCCAUCCUAACACAUGAAUAUGCUUUGAUCAAAACUGGUCUUGUUUGAAGGUGAACCUGCAUACACACUAUCAUGGGUCACAUUCAUGCAAAAUUAUAAGUCAUCCAGAAUAACAAUGGCAUCUUCUUACUGAUGCUCUCCUUGCUGUCAGUUUAGCUUUGGUCAAUCCUUAUCAGAUUUGAAGCUCUUGAUCUUUUACAAUGAAAUAUCUCCGUACAACUAAGUCUUUAAUGCUUGAAUUAACUCAGCAUAUGAAAAUGCAAGUGUAGUAUUGGCAUUUUACAGAUGCUGAAUUUAAAAUAACAUUUCUCGUCUAAAGGGGGAAAUUUAACAAAUUCAAAUGUUGGUAAUUAAUCAGCAAAUUAGGAAAAGAAAUAUGUAUAACUGGGAUUAACUCAGACCACUAGAUGGCAGAGAUAUGCUUCAAAUACCAUUUUUUGUUUAUGUGGAAAAUGCACCGACCAGCAUCAGUGGGAUUUCUACAUCUGGGCUCCAUUAACUGCAACAGUCUACCAGUGACUAAUCCUCUCCAGAAAUACACUGCUGACCUGUCUGCUGUGUUCCUCCUUCUCUCAUGAUACUCGUAAUAAAUUUCUAUAUUUAUUAGAUGCUGUCCAGUAAUUGACUCAAUUUAUUAGAUUACUUCUAAAAGCAACUUGCUGCACUGCAAUUUAUUUAGAGUUGCAGUAUAUUGAAACUUGUGGUUGUAAUCUGACAAAAUGUGGAAAUGUUAAAUAUGAAUACUAAUAUGGCCCUGUGCAUACCUCAGUCAAGUAAUGUGAUACUCCAGUUCACUAAAUGUUGGAUGUCUGAGUUCUUUCUAUUCAACUGACAUUAAAUGAAGCAACAUUCGUGUGCAAAUUUGACAAACUUUGCUCUUUGUUAUUUUAAUAGAUUUUGUGUAUAAAUGGUUUUGUAUUUAUAUUUUAUAUGGUUGUUUUUACAGCUGAACAAGGUGAGAAAUAAAGACGCACACUCAGG